UUAUGGCCUUUGACUGGUCUAUGUCAAAUCUGUGCCGACCAGAGGACAAAGCGAUAGUUAUGCACGUCCAACCGAACGCCUUCUUGGGGAUGGAUUUCCCAAACCUGAGCGACGGGAUGGACUUCGGUCUGGACAUGUUCGUAAUGGAGGAGCUUCGUCAAGGGUACACGAGGCAGGAGAAGGAGGGGCUCUCCCUUAUCAAUCGCUUUCUAGAGGCGGCCGCGGAGGCCAAGAUUCCCUGCCAGGGGGAGAUAGUACGUGGGGACCCGCGCGAUGCCAUCUGUCGACACGUGGAGAAGGACGGAGCCGACAUCUUGGUCCUUGGCUGUCGAGGCCUCGGAGGCGUUAAGAGGGCCUUCCUCGGGAGUGUAAGCGACCACUGCGCUCACCAUUGCCCCUGCCCCGUCGUCGUCGUCAAAGACCCCCACGUGCCUCAAGGGGAGGCCAAUCCCAUGGAGACCGACUACGAGAGGAGGAUCAUCGUGGCCGUCGAUCAGUCGUACGAUGCGGCCAUAGCUUUCACUUGGGCGGUGGACAAUUUCUUUCGAUGUACGGACACGGUGACCGUCUUGCACGUCUUGCCUCGUCUUCUUCCUGCUUACACCAUCGACGUAUCGGGCACGGCGCUGGGAAUGAUGCCAGUGAGUGUGUCGGAGGCGGCCAUGGCCAGGCUGUCGAAGAACGCCGCGGAGGCGGGGGAGGAACUGCUAAGGAAAUUCGCGGAGCAAGCUAAGGAGGCCAACCUCAACUGCACCACCCGACUUAUCCCUGGAGACCCCCGAGAGGUCAUCAUAGAUGAGUGUGAGCGGUUAUGUGCCACGUCGCUGGUCAUUGGCAGCAGAGGACUCGGACCAAUCAAACGUGCGAUCCUCGGGAGUGUGAGCGACCACUGCGCUCACAACGCGCCCUGUCCUGUGAUCAUAGUCAAACCGCUUUCGUCAAAGAAGAUCGUGUGAAUAUGAAGAAAAAAAAACGAAAGGAAAAAGAAAAAGGUUAUGAUGGAUAAGGUGGGUAGAUACGUAAUACAUGUGUGUUUCGAAUGCGGAGUACGUGCAUAGAAAAACGAUGGCCCUUUGGCGGCUGGCUGCGGAGCAAAAUAAUAUCUUUCCCCCUUUCUUCCAACAGUUGCGCGGGAGAGAGAGAGAGAGAGAGAGAGAGAGAGAGAGAGAGAGAGACAGAGACAGACAGACAGAGAGAGAGACAGGGAGAGACAGACAGAGACAGAGAGAGCAGAUAGACAAACGGAAUGGGUGAGAGAGAGAGCAGAUAGACAAAUAGACAGGGUGUGUGUGUGUGUGUGUGUGUGUGUGAGAGAGAGAGAGAGAGAGAGACAGAGAGAGACAGAGAGAGCAGAUAGACAAACAGAAUGGGUGAGAGAGAGAGAGCAGAUAGUCAAACAGACAGGGUGUGUGUGUGUGUGAGAGAGAGAGAGGGAGAGAGAGAGAGAGAAAGAGAGAGAAUCGUGGUUUACAUGGCAAGUGCAUGUUGCGAUGCGGUCUUGUCGUCGACCUAUCACUGCUGAGCUCCUCCCUUCAUUGGAGAGGAUGGGAGAGAGAGAGAGAGAGAGAGAGAGAGUACUCCUUUAUAUGCAUUCCAUAGCAAAUAGCCGCCGUCCGUUUCUUGUUAACAACUUCUCUUCUUCUCCCAAAUCAGCUUUAGUGUCUUGCCGCCGCCUUACUCACAAUCUGUGUUGUGAAUCGGGAAUGAAUCUUCACGCAGAUA